AUGCCACUUCUAGCGUUUCAAGGAGACACGGCUCGUCAGCCCUCCAAAUGGCGCCCAGAAAAAAAGUGUAAGCUGUCUCCAACAUUCACCACUGGUUUCGCUUCACUCAUUCUGUCAAUUAGCUCAACGACUGAUCCGCUUGUCUCACACAGACAGCACUUUGGUCGGACAGUGUUUGCGCUGUGCAAUUACCCAUCCCUCCUCACCAAUGGUAUUCUGAGAUUGGAACAAAUGGAAGAUACACCGCUGGAAAACUUCCCUGCUGAUCAUGAGGAGAUUCUUCACGUUGGAGAACUGAUCGGCAAGGGAGCUGCUGGUGCCAGAGGUGAUGACACGAAAACAUUGAAGUCUGCGGUCCUUGAUUGGAUCACUCCGAAAGGAGAAGCUAUCCAGCCUCCUCUACAUAGGAACUCGAAGGUCGAUCGUGGAUUUAAUCACGAACUUACAGGGUUUCUACUUUGGGAUUGGAUUGGAACGACUUACAGUACGACCAAAAUGAACCUACGAAGUGGCGAACUAUGGGUCUGUGGCGAUCAAUGGCCCAUUUUUUUAUACGCCCACUAUACUUACAACACUGAAGAUCCGUGGAGCGGCCUUCUUAGAAGCCGUUUACUUGUCUAUGCUUACAAACACGUGUUCACGUCUCCAAGUUCGGUCGAGAAGGAGCCGAAAGCUACGCGAUCCGGAAACGCCUGCCUCCAUGGCAUGACCUCUGUCACUAUCGCCUCCAUUGCUUAUAUCGCAACACAAGUCCGGUUUGCUCUGAGCUCCUCCUCGGUGUUCUCAAGGACCGAUAUGACUACAGAUUCAGAGACCUUUUACCACAGUCUUCUUGACCUCCUUAAAGAUCCUGAAGAGUCCAAGGAAGUUCACGAGCUAUUGACAUGGUGGAAUCGCCAAAUAUUUCCCACUUCUUCGGCUGCCAAGCGCCCUAUUAGUGCCAACAGUGCGUUGUCGAAGAUUCGACAAAGACACCUUGCUUUGAAACAAUCCUCAAUUUCGAACGUAGCCACUUCAUAG